AUGCCCUUGCCAUUAUCCAGUUUGCCUAGAGGAGCAAUGUCGAACUCUUCAAGAAAUUUUGAACCCGACAUGUUCACAGUUGGUCAAUGUUAUGAAAGUGCAACACAAUUCAAGGAAGCCUUUUGUGACCAUGCUAUCAAGCGGAAUUUCAACAUUCAGUUCAUUAAAUAUGAUAAAGAAAGAGUUACUGUGACAUGUGCUACCAAUGGUUGUGAAUGGUGUGUCCAUGCUUCAAGAGAUGGCAACUUGCCAACAUUUAGAAUCAAAACAACCCAAGGGGUGCAUACUUGUAGUGGAGGUAUCAGCACAACGUCACAUCCAAAAGCAUCAAAGAAAUGGGUUGGUAGGCAUGUAAUACCAAAACUCCGAGAUCGUCCUCUAUACUGUGUAGUGGAUAUACAACGGGAUUUAUUGCUUGAACAAGGUGUUCACUUGCCAUACAAACAAGCAUGGAUGGGUAAAGAGUUAGCAAGAGGAAUUCUCCAUGGGAGUGAUAUAUCAAGCUAUGAUAUGCUAUUAUGGUAUGCGGGAAAGUUAGCUGAAACAAAUCCGGGAAGCAUUGUGAUCAUUGACAAGGAUGGUGAGCAAUUUAGAUGUGGUUUUUUCUGUUUUGGUGCUUGUCUUAAUGGAUUUCGAAAGGGUUGCAGACCUAUGCUAUUUCUUAACGGAACACAUCUACUUGGGAGAUAUAGUGGCAUACUCUUAGGUGCUACAAGCAAGGAUGCAAAUGAAGGAUUAUUCCACUUGCCAUUUGCUAUCAUGGAUAAUGAGACUGAUAACAACUGGACGUGGUUCAUAUCAACAUUAGGUGAUGCAUUAUAUGGUGAAGCUGACUAUGGCAAGAUCAUUACGCUCAUAUCCGAUCGAUCCAAGGGCCUUAUGAAUGCUAUGGCCAGAGUGUUCCUUUCUUCCCCACAUGUAUACUGCCUACGACAUCUUCAAGAAAACUUCUUAAAAUCAAAUAGUUAG